GCUCCCCCUGGCGGCGCGAGGCCGGGUCUCCGCUCCUCGGGCGCCCCCCGCCCUCAUCUGCUACCCCUACCUGACCCAGGUCGGUAUCCACCGACCCCAGACGGACCGACAGACGGGAAGCCGUUCAGCAGCGAGCACCCGGGCGGCGGGAGGGGGCGGGGAGGCGACGGCUGCGGCUUGAGGAGCAGGAGCAGGUGCGGCGGCGACGAGUGGGCGGGGCAGGGACGAGCGGCGGGCGGGGGCCGCGGCGCCGGCGGGCGUGUGGCGGGGCAGCCCGGGAGGCCACGACUCGGAGCGAGCCCCACCUGGUCGGCGGGGUGCGAGGGGAUCUGGAGAGGAGUCAGGUUGGAUGGUGACUUGGAGGGCGCAGGAUCCCAAGGAGACAGAGAGGACGAGAGCUGGAAAAGGAUCCGGAGAGCGGCGGGGGCGCUAGGGGAGGGGUAGGGUAGGAAAUAGGGCACACCUGGAGGAGAGACUGGGGGUGGUCAGGACACGAAGCUGGAGCUUGGAAGGAAUAGGGGACAGAAAUGGGGGAGGCGGGAGAAUAGUAGGGGGCGGUGUAUGAGGUCUGCUUAGUCGGUAAGAUCUGGAGGUGUUAAGUACUGAGGGGGCUUGAGAAGGGAGGUUGGGAGGGGAGACUGGGGCUUAGGCUGAGGCCCAGGGAUAGUCAGCAGGUGAAGGAGGGCUGGGCAGGAAAGUGGAGAGCAGGCGGGGUUGGGGUGCUCACUAGGUGGGCUGAAGUGUGAGGCUGGGGUAAAGUGAAGCAAGAUCCAGGUGGAGCUGAGAAAGCUGUGGCAGGGGCAUCUCAGGAGUGAGGCCAGCGCAGGCUGAGGUGGCCCCAAGGUUGAGAGGUUGCCCUGGGAGGGUACCCCACAGUGAGACCUUAAGCCAGGUCAAGGCAGUGCCCCUCAUGGGGGAAGCCCCUCCCUGGGGUUACCAGAGCCAUGCUGUCCCGCAAAGGCAUCAUCCCUGAGGAGUAUGUGCUGACACGGCUAGCAGAGGAUCCUGCGGAGCCCAGGUACCGAGCCCGGGAGCGGAGGGCCCGCUUUGUGUCCAAGAAAGGCAACUGCAACGUGGCCCACAAGAACAUCCGGGAGCAAGGCCGCUUCCUGCAGGACGUGUUCACCACUCUGGUGGACCUUAAGUGGCCGCACACGCUGCUCAUCUUCACCAUGUCCUUCCUGUGCAGCUGGCUGCUCUUCGCCAUGGUCUGGUGGCUCAUCGCCUUCGCCCACGGUGACCUGGCUCCCGGUGAAGGCACCACUGUCCCCUGCAUCACCAGCAUCCACUCCUUUUCAUCCGCGUUCCUUUUCUCCAUCGAGGUCCAGGUAACCAUUGGUUUUGGCGGGCGCAUGGUGACGGAGGAGUGCCCCCUAGCCAUCCUGAUCCUCAUUGUCCAGAACAUCGUGGGGCUCAUGAUCAACGCCAUCAUGCUGGGCUGCAUCUUCAUGAAGACUGCCCAGGCGCACCGGCGGGCCGAGACCCUCAUCUUCAGCAAGCAUGCGGUUAUCAGCCUGCGCCAUGGCCGCCUCUGCUUCAUGCUGCGCGUGGGUGACCUCCGCAAGAGCAUGAUCAUAAGUGCCACCAUCCACAUGCAGGUGGUGCGUAAGACCACCAGCCCCGAGGGCGAGGUGGUGCCCCUCCACCAGGUGGACAUCCCCAUGGAGAACGGUGUGGGUGGGAACAGCAUCUUCCUGGUCGCUCCACUCAUCAUUUACCACGUCAUUGACUCCAACAGCCCUCUCUAUGACCUGGCACCUAGCGACCUACACCACCACCAGGACCUUGAGAUCAUCGUCAUCCUGGAAGGUGUGGUAGAAACCACAGGCAUCACCACCCAGGCCCGCACCUCCUACCUAGCAGACGAAAUCCUAUGGGGCCAGCGCUUUGUCCCCAUUGUGGCGGAGGAGGACGGCCGCUAUUCGGUGGACUACUCCAAAUUUGGCAACACUGUUAAAGUGCCCACGCCACUGUGCACAGCCCGCCAACUUGAUGAGGACCGCAGCCUACUGGACGCCCUGACCCUCGCCUCAGCCCGUGGGCCCCUGCGCAAGCGCAGUGUGGCGGUGGCUAAGGCCAAGCCGAAGUUUAGCAUCUCUCCGGAUUCACUGUCCUGAGUCAUGGUCCCUUGGGCCUCCACACAUGCAUGUGUGCACAAAGGCAGUGUGGUGUGGUACGUAGAGUGGACGUGGUAUGGGUCCCUUAGCCAAGUGAGGACCUGGUGUGAUGCUGGACCCUCCUCUGCUCAGCCUCCCUGCCGCUACGUGCCCAGGGUGUUACAAGGUACUUGUCACUACGCUAUUUCUGGCCUCAGCAGGAGUCUGUACUGGGUUAUUUUUGUCCCUGCUCCUCCCAGCCCAGCUCAGGACUGGCUUACCCCUCUCUCCCUGCCCAAGGCUGGUGAGGCUGUGGAAGGUGCUGGGCCCUAAAACUGGCUCUCCAUCCAGUCCAUUCUGGUCCCUAUGACUGGCCUGCCACAAGCAGGCAGGUGGCUGGGGAGAGACAAUCCCCAGGUUGAGGGUCUGUUGCUCUGUUUCUGUGGCCCCAAGAAAUACCUGUUCCUGAAAAAAAUAACAGACUAAGGAGUAGACUGGGCUGACCAGGGAGGGCAGUCAGUGAGAGAGCACCUUCCAGCUGUAGAACUGGAGUUGUGGGGCCUCCACAGGCAGGGACAGGACGAGACUGCCAGGGCUCCCCUCUACGGGACAGGCUCAAGCCACAGAGGGGGAUGGGGUCACGAAGAGGCUUCACUGAUUCCCUGCUCAGGCACCCCUGCCCUUCACCUCAAUACCAGUCUUCUGUAGACAGGACUCCAUAGUCCAGGGCUGCUGCUCCCUUUCUGUCCCCAACCUGAGAGGCUGGGGUGGACUGGGCAAACAUUGACAUGCCAAGCAGAGAGACUGAAGGGAAGGGUCUUGGGCCCACCUCACAUGAUGAGCCUAAGGCAAAGUCUGCCCCUGACACCCAGACAGCUGUGACUCACUUUGUCCAGAGGGUGGGGUGAGGCUGGGUAUCUUUCUGUUGCUGGAAAAGGUGUUGGAAAGUUCAGGAUGGUGGGGGUGAGUGAGGUCCAUGAGGUGAAGAGGUCCUGGGCUUAACCUGAGCCUGGACACUUGGAGCAGUUCUGUGUGUCCUUGCCCAGAAUUCUGCUUCCCCAUUGUCAAUAAAGCCUCCCUUCCAUGACUUGAAAUCUGGACUGUUCUUGCUGGGAAAACAGUCAAUGUGCUGGAGGAACGGGAGGAUAGGGUCAGCAGCUGCCACCUCACAUGCCCUAGCAGGGAGGCCAGGAAAGAGGCCUGGAGCUGGCUUCUCUUUCUCCUACCUCAGGGGGACCUUUCUCCUCUGCCUAGGUGGCUCUACACUACAAGCCUGUCUGGCCAUCUCAGCCUUUGGGCCUCCACCAGGCUUCAGAGCCCUGGGCCCUGCCUCUUUCCUAGGGAUCUACUAGAAGGCUGAGGUACCCAGGAAGAGGGACAAGGACAUCAUAGACAUGAAGGUCAUGAUUGAUGGGUGAGCUCGCUGGCCAACUGCCUUAGGUUCAAAUCCUGGCUAUAGCUGUAUGACUGUGGUCAAGUAACUUAACCUCUUUGUGUCUCAAUUGUCUCAUCAGUGCUAAUAGUCCCUGUCUCACAGACUUGUUGCCGGAGCAAAUGAACACACAUGUAAAAUGCUAAAGUGCUUGGUCUAUAAUAAGCGCUUAAUAAAUGUUAGCUGUUAUGAUUGCUGCUGAAUCAGUCAUGUGGUGAGAAAACCAACCAAGCAAACAUUAAGAGAAAGUGCUUUUACUUUUCCCCUCAGUGAUGUGUUUCUCUACUUGGUCUUAUUGUCUACAUGGUGCUCCUCCCAGCUCAGACUGGGACUACAGAGGCCAUGGCAACGCCUAUUACCUACUGUUCUUGUCACCACUUCACCCCCUGCAGUCCACCUGCCUCGUGGCCACCAGAGUGGGCUUAGAAGGAUUGUGAUCAUUCUUUUCCACAUGAAAUACCUUCAGUAGUUCCCCAUCACCUUCUGGGUCAAGGCUAGACUUCUUAGCCAGCCAUUUCAAGCCUUUACUGCCUUUUCAGCCUGACAGUUCUCUUGCCAGGACCACCUGCACCUGCACUCACUUCCUGGCUGCCUCCCCAGCCCCCUGAGCAAUAUUGAGCUUCCCACCUCCUAGCCGUCGCUUAUGUUAUUCUAUUUGCCUGAACUGUCCAGGCCUCAUCUCUGUUGAAAUUCAUAAAAGCCAGGCCAUCAGUACUCCUUGAAGCCUUCACUGAUUUCUCUGGGAAGAGAUGGUCCCUUCUUUCCUCUGCACUAUGGGCAUUAUCUUUUGCCUGUGUUUAUGUGUCUGUCACACCAUCUCUAAAUCUGUGGCUUCUUGAGAUCAAAGACUGUGUCUGACUCAGCACUGUGACUGUCACUGAGUAGGUGCUGAAUGAAUGAAUGAUGGCUGGAUAGGUAGAUGGUAUUCAGGAUGACAAGCUAGGGCUACUGAUGCAGUGAGGCCUGCAGACAGGGUUUUAGCCCAUCAGUGAGAGUCUGUCCCAGACUGCUCCAGAAGCAGGGAUAAAGGGGCCAGGAAGUUCACACUGCUGGUCUGAGUUCCAAGCUGCCCCCUCCCUGCACCCACUUCCCGCUAACUCCCUGUCUCAGACAUUGACUCCCUUCUCUGAAGAGCUAAACUAUUUCUGAUUUAGAGGCAGAGGGCCUAAAAAGUUUGAUUCAGAGUUUGCCUAGAGCUUUAGGGGGCCUGGCUCUUGGGCUCAGCUUUGUUCUCUCUAAAGCCACAGGGAGGAGCCAUAGUCACUAAUAAUGAGCUCUGGGAGGCAAAAUAACCUUCUACAACUCACCAACCCUAAGUGGCUGGAGGCAGCCUGAAGCCAGCAAAAAUGAGGCAUCAGCGCCACCUGCUGGUCACAAAGAAUGCCUACAGGAUUCCAGAAAGGACAGCUCAUCCUAGCUAGGAUUUCUACCCCCUCUAAGGGACAUCCCCAGCCUUGUGCUUAAAUCAGGAAGAAGCUGGAAAGUUCCAGGCAUGAAGAGUAGCUAGACCACGCCCUCCUUGCUCCCCAAGAUCAAGGAGAAAAGUGUGACUCCUCUUAGGUCUCAGAUUAAAAAGCAGCAGCAGGUUCAGCUGUGUGAAGUGACAGCCUACAUGAUGUCCAAAACACCCAUGGAUGACACUUUCUCUGAUCCAUGCACGUGGUAAUCCGUCAUCAUCCUCUUCUUGUAGGAGGACUAGGGUCCUGGCCUUCCAGGCUACUCUGCCCCCAGUCUGUCAGUAACAAUGAGGUCUUCGGAAGCACAUCUGCCACCCCUGUCACCAACUCACAUCAAUAGUGUGAUGUAUCCUGGGUCUCCAUCCUGAGUUCCACAGGUGAGGGAAGUCAGGCCAUCGUCUUCCUGUUCUAGAACUGUUUGCUAAUCCGGUAAAACUAUUCCACUGUCCACAUUGGAAGCCUGUCCAGGCCUGACACCUGCAGAUUUGUCAUUUUCAGAGGGUCUCACUGUGAGACCCACUUCUGCUGAAGAUGACUCGCCCAGCUACUACAGGACCCAUUCUCUCCCCAUAGGUGGCAUCCUUCCAGCUCAACCCUGUGCUUGAGCUCCUCCUUGACAUCUUUUCCUGGGGGAACUUCCCUGAGGAGUUUCUGUCACAGGAUUAACAGGCUUUUAAGGUCUCCCAGGCCCAGGUAUUAGACACUAUAUGCUGUGGAAGACAUGCAGAUGACUUAGGGAAAGUAGACAGGACUUCUGCACAUCAGAGUCAUGUUAUCCCCAAACUGGGGCCAGUCUGAAGAAUUAUUGAUCUAGUCCACGUUGCAGGGAGCUGGGAAAGAAAGAUAAGUGGGAUUAAAGUCAGAACUGGAAUGGGAAGUGGGUUGUGUUACACUGAAGUCUAGAUUUAAUCAGUUUCUCGACCAGGUCCACCUGGGGCACUGUGUACUCUAACGCAAGGGAAACGGGGGCUUCCUGCACACUAUUCUAUUUCCUGUCUGGACAGGCCAACUCUUCAGGAAUGUGAAGGGCAGGCUGCUAGACUGGCCAACCUGGAUCCCAGGCCUAUCCCUUGAUCUUGAUUCCCUCCAGGCCCUGAUGCUAAUGAGCAGAACACGUGAUACAAGUGCACAUCCUCAUUAUCAUAUCAAGUUCUCUGAGAGGUACACAGCACAGGUCAGCUUCUCCUAGCAGCAUUCUUUAACCCAUAGGCUCAAGUUGACUCUUUUGCUGGUCACAUACCUACCUAUCAUGGAGGUACUAGUGACUGAACUCAGGACCUUGUGCUUGCUAGGCAGGUGCUCUACCACUUGAGACAU